CAGCAGGUAGACCUGUUUGGGGAGGCCUAGGAGAUGUGACUUUUCGGGAGGAGGUGUGUCACUGAGGGUAGGCUUGCAGUUUCAAGCCUCCCUCCACUCCAGUUUGCUUUCUCUGCUUCAAUGUUGGUGGUUUGAGGAUCUGAGUGCUCAGCUUCCUGCUUCUGCCGCGGUGCCUGCGGUUCGCUGCUAUUGCUCUCUGCCAUGAUAGACAUCCGCCUCUCUGGAUCCGUAGGGCGAAUAGAAUCUUCCUCUGUUCCUCAAGAUGUCAGCUUCAGCCUCACAAGGCCAUAACUGGACCCGACAGCUGAAGAAAGAAGACAAGGAAGAAGACCCACUGGACCAGCUGAUCACCCGCUCUGGCUGUGCUGCCUUCCACUUUGCAGUGCAGGAGUGCAUGGCCCAACACCAGGACUGGCGUCAGUGCCAGCCACAAGUGCAGGCAUUCAGGGAUUGCAUGAGUGCACAGCAGGCAAGACGGUGGGAGGAACUGCAGAGGAGGAAAGAGCAAGCCAGUGCUCAACACUGAGACCCAAAACCGUCAUCCCACAACCUGGCCCUGAAGAAAUAAGCACCCAGAGCGACCCUGGGAAGAAGUAAUCCUAAGUAGUAGAGUGUGCAAUAGGAGAUAAAUAAUUUGGACCAUCUUUGGGACUAGGGUUGAAAGCACCAUGAGCUGUUUUUACUCUAUGAUCAGAUCGGACACAUCUACACCAUUCCUGUUUCACCCGUACUUGUAUCUAAAAUUAGUGGGAUAUGGACCACCCCCUCCAUCCUACCUCUUAAAUGUGCCAAGUACUUUGUAAGUAUA